CUAGAGGGGAAAUUGGCUGAUUGAUAGAAGGUCUAUCUCCUUGAGUCUUACGAAUUUGAUAAGUUAGCCUGGAUGCACCACUUGGGCGGCAUUAAUGCGGACAACAUCUCUCAUCUUUGGGGGAAUUGUCUCGUGGAGGACAUUUUGAGUUCUUGAGUGUGCAGCUGUUACAGAGAAUUAGGAAAUGUUGUGGGGGAACUGUUUCCUAUGUAAACCAGAUAUCGGAUAAAAGGCCACGGAAUUAAAUAAGAGAGAGAAUCACCAAAUAAGAAAAAUCAGUGGGAAAAAAAUUACCGAGCGACACACGAAGUUGCAUGACAAAGGGGAGAGCUGGCUUCGCACUUUCAAAGGGAGAAGACUCCCGAGGGAAAUUUACUCCGUAAUAAAAAGGUGCGAUGAAAGCGGAUGGGGUCUGUAUAUUUGUCAUGUAAAUACCGCUGACCUGUAUAACGCAGCUCAAUCAGGAUUACACCUGACCAGUUCAGGGAACUAGUUCAAAAUGGCGACAACAGAGGAAUUUCGACCUUUCAGACAUCGACCUCGAUUAGUUUCCAAACAUUCUACAUACAAUAUAAAGACUGUCGGAAUUCGUGGUAAGGGAAUACAUCUGAUGAAUGACUUCUUCACCACAAUGGUGGAUACGAAGUGGAGAUGGAAUAUGUUAAUUUUCGUUAGUGGAUUUGUGAUCACGUGGUUAUUUUUUGCACUGUUUUACUGGUUGGUUUCUAAACUCCAUGGUGAUAUAAGUGACGUGAAAGCAACAGACAAAACGCCUUGCUUUGAGAAUGUUGAUUCUUUUACUACAGCUUACCUUUUUUCUAUCGAAACACAGACAACAAUAGGGUACGGUUUCCGAUAUGUUACAGAGGAAUGUCCUUACGCCGUCAUAGGCGUACUACUACAGAACAUUAUAGGCGCUGGCCUACAAGCUGCUCUCGCGGGACUUGUGGUGGCGAAAGUGCGGCGAGGUAAAAAGAGAUCAGGCACCUUGAUGUUUAGUUCUGUGGCCUGCAUUGUAGAGGAGGAUGGGAAAUAUAAACUAGUCAUCCGAAUUGGCGACAUGCGUCGUUCUCACAUCAUAGGUGCACAUGUGCGUGGGCAUCUGUUCAAGAUGAUGAGGUCGACGGACGGAGGUAGUCACCCUGUUAAGUGUUUUCCGAUGGAAUUUAAUGGAGAAGACGGAAGUUCGCAGAUUUUCAUGGCGUGGCCUACACAGCUUGUCCAUACCAUUGACAACACGUCACCAUUCUGGAAAAUGUCUCGGGAGGAUUUGCAGAGGGAGGACUUUGAGUUAGUUGUGAUACUGGACGGAAUAGUGUCCACUACCAGUAACAAUUUACAAACACAGACCUCGUACAUGGCUUGGGAUAUUUUAUGGGGACAUCGUUUCGAUACUAUGGCCAAAAAAUACAACGAACGUGAUUCUCUUGUUGUCGACUUCUCGAAUUUCAAUCGAACACAUCCGGUUUCUAUGUCUGACUGUAGUGCUUACCAGGUUGAGGCGUUCCGGAAGUUGGGUUACAGUAUUAUCCGUGGAGAUCCGGAAAACAACAAUCCUUCAUAUUUUGAAAUUAAGAAAACUUCGCAGCAUGCUGAGAAAAUGUCUCCGGGACGCAUUCUCCAUUACAGAUAUAACAAGGCUUCUCUUAGCACUUCAAACGAUAAAGUUCACAUAUGAAUGUAUAUCUUAAACAAUGAUAGUUUGAUUUAUUCUUUAUUAUGAUACAUAAUAGUCAAAUAUUAUAGUGAAAACUGUUGAAUGAAAUUCAUAAUUCUGAUGCAACAUUUUUUUUUAAAGACGAUGUUCAGCUGAAAAAAAAAUCGAAGCCUAAACAAUAAACCCAAGCCUU